AUGGAGGUUCCAAGCUUAUUCAACAUUGCUUUGAAAAAGUGUAUCAAUUAUUUUGGUCAUGCAAGAAUCGAAAUCAAUGAAGACGUCUCACCGAAACUUAAGCAAAUCAUGUUUGAUCAAAUAACCUAUUCCCACUAUAUCUUCCACCCAUCCAUUUUCACAAUUUUUUCGGUGAACGAAAUCGAUCUCACUUCGAAUAUUAUCACGGAAAAUCACGUUCAAGAAAUUGCAAAAUGCGAUUUCAAAACACUCAAAAUAAAUUGCAGUUUGAAAACAUAUCAAGAUGCUGAUAAUGUUGGUGUAUACGACAUUGUAGGAUUAAUCAAAGCCUCUGUAAAUCCAGAAACUCGCAAGAAACUGGAAACGCUCAAAGUGGCUACUAAAUCGGCGUAUCGUGGCGACUGGAUGGAUACGAUUCUGAGAUAUCUGCCGAAUCUCCAGACUCUUGUCUGCAAGCAAAAAGCUACAACAGGGUUUCCACCGCUCUCGAUGACAUUUCCUCAGCUGAAGUCUCUGGAUGUAUCUUGUAUUUCGUUGAGUUACAUCAACGGAAUCUCAUGUUUGAUCAACCUCGAGACCCUCAUCAUGAGAAAUCUAACCGUUUCCGUUUCUGAGGAUCUUCAUGAGCUUUUCGCGCUGCGACUUUUGAAGCAUCUCGAUGUAUCCAGAUACCAGAAAAAUGGAGAGGGAGAAUGUAAAACCAUUGAAUAUUUGGUUCAAGACAACAAGGUUCUACCCAAGCUUGAAUUUAUUGAUUUCCGAACGGAUUGCGAGAACAUCGGGCACAUUGAUGGACUGACGGUGUUGACUUCAGUGGAUCUGAGAGCAAGUCUGAAACUACUUGGUCAUUUUUACGAGCAGCAACAAUUUUUGAUGGUGGACCGAGUAUUUAAAAAAAUCAAUGGACUAAUCAUCGAUGGGAUAAACUACAAUAAGAACCAAGAGUUAUUGAAUACAUGUUUCAAGACAUUCGUCCACUAUAUAGACAACGUGUCACUGAUUGAAUCUAUUGCGAGGACAUCAGCGAUCUGUGCGAUAAUGUGCUCCGUAACUUAUUGCACUUUCUACAAUCAACACAUGACUCGAACCCAAAGAAGCAGAAUCGCGCAAGUUCUGUUGGACAGUCGAACGGAAAGAGCCUAUAACUAUUGGUGGCUGUUCAACUGCGCCAAGUUGCACACAGUGCCCGAAUUGAAUGUUGUUGGUUAUUUCCAGAGAGUGGUUAUUCAUAUCUCUAACGUCUUCGGACACUACAGUAGGAUUCGAAACUUCGAGGACGUCGGUCACGGAUUGCGUACUAUGGAUGCACUAUAUCCCAGAUUGGAUGAAGCAGCGAGGAGACAAAUCACAGAGAUUCCACGUGUUCUGUCUGCUCUUCAAGCUAUGUUCGAUAAAUGUAGCAGAAGCCCAACAGGCUUUAUUGUGACUAAUGAUAGACGCGCCAUUGGUUUGGCGGCUUAUACAAUCGAAGUACUCGCUCGUUCCGUCACUUUGAUGAGGUUCAGAGCUCUCAGACCACAUUUGACUCGGUUUUGUGUUCGUCGAAUUCGAGUGAUAGAGUGGACCAGAAUCUUUGUCCCACAAUGUCGAUUGUUAGAUGGAAUUGAAGUGUUUUCGAUCGAAGAAGUUGCAACUCCAGAAGAAUGGGCUACGGUCAUGUUUGAUCGUCUUGAAGAAUACAUUAAACAAGUCUACGAGCACCAUCAGGAAACCCGUCAGCUCACAUUUCAACAUUUCGGAAGAGUUGUGGACACGAACGUUCAAGGCACCCCCUUGUUUCAGAUUAUUUCGCAAGGUGAAAUUUAA